AUCCGGAGGAGUGUUUGAGCUCCACAUCACCGGAGCGCACACACUCUCCACCUCUCUCUGAGUGUGAGGCUCUCUCUCUCCUUCUUUUCCUCCAUCUAUCUCUUGUCUUUCUUUCUUUUCUUUUUUUUUUUUCCCCCUUCUCAGCUUCACUCGGAUUUAUUCUCACCAAACGCACUCUUCAGGAUUGGAUUUUCAUCAGCUCUAAACAUGAGACGGAGUUGAACCAAUUCAUCACCCCAAGGACGCAGACUACUAUCUUUUGUUUUUGUUUUUAUUUAUUUGUUUGCUUUGUUGUCAAUGGUGAGCCGGCCAUUCAGGAUGAACUUGCAGCGGAGCAGCCCGGCGCCCUGCAUCCGCCGGAGAGUCGCCCACAAGCGGCUGGACUCGGACGACCAGCCGCCGGCCAAGUGCGUCCGGCUGACCGAGGGUGCCGGGGACGCGCAUGGAGGGCUCCUCCUGGGCACGUCACCCAGCUCCCCGCUCAGUCCCGCGGCCAACCCCGCCAUCCACCCGCACCACCCGCACCAGCAGCACCAGCAGGGGCCGUCCAGGAUCGGAGCGUUCCUCCUGCUGCCCCUCGCGCACCGGGAGAGCAGCGUGCACAGCGCCAUGGACACCGAUACUGGCGAGGAGCUGCUGUGUAAGGUCUUUGAUAUGGCUGUGUACCAGGAGAAAAUCAGAGCCUACGGAGUUCUGCCGACUCACAAGAACGUGGCCGGCAUCCGGGAAAUCAUCCUCGGCGAGCGCAAGGCCUACGUCUUCUUGGACAAAGACUUCGGGGACAUGCACACCCUGGUGAAGAGCUGUCGCCGACUAGACGAGGAGCACGCUCGCAGACUCUUCUGUCAGGUGGCUCAGGCCGUGGCGCACUGCCACCAGGCGGGCAUUGUACUGGGGGACCUCAAACUGCGCAAGUUUGUCUUCGGGGAUGAGAAAAGGACUCAGGUGAGACUAGAAAGCCUCGAGGACUGCCGCGUCCUGGAAGACCCCGACAACGACUCGAUGGCAGACACCCACGGCUGCCCCGCCUACGUCAGCCCCGAAAUUCUCAGCGGCUCCACGCCAUACUCCGGCAAAAUGGCUGACAUGUGGAGCCUGGGGGUCAUGCUGUACACCAUGCUGGUCGGUCGCUACCCCUUCCACGACCCAGACCCGGCCACGCUGUUUUCAAAGAUCCGUCGAGGCCAGUGCUGUUUGCCUGAAGGCUUGUCGCCCAAGGCCAAGUGUCUGCUCCAGAGCCUGCUGAGGAAAGAACCGUCAGAGAGACUCACUGCAGCCGAGCUGCUCGCUCACCCGUGGUUCCACCGGCCGCCGUCGUCCCAAGAAGCAACGCUCGGUGAACAGGAAGCGAGCGGGGCAGAACAAACGGUGCCGUCGUUUGACGUGCACGAGGACGAGAACCUGUUCUGCUGACAAACUCAAACCAGAGCCCAGUUAAAGGACCAACACGAAAUGCGCUAGGAGGGACUUGGUGGUCAUUUUUGUACAGUGGCACUUUUUAGAAAACCAGUUCGUACUGUUUUGUGUGUACAUACAUGCACCCUCAAGAUUUCUACAAAAAACUCUUCCUGUACUGUAUUCUGAUCUCGUAUACACCUGCUGAGGGCAUUGCUCACAAUGAUCACUCGUUGUGCUUCUGUGUGUGUGUGUUCUAGGAAAUAUUUGGUGCUAAAAUAAACGAUGGUGACUUGUAGUUCCACAGAUCCCUCCAGGCUCCUCUGAGCGUGUCAGACCUGGAGGAUGCUCAUUAGAGCUUACCCUCAACCCGAACUAAUGAAGGCAUUAGCUUGCACCUUGAAAGUGAGGCGGGCGAGCGCGACCAGGAUGUUGUUCCUCUCGCUCUCUGAGCACGCCGCAAGCUUCGGCAGGCUGACUCAGCCGUCGACUCGCGGACGGGCCUGGCUCCAGCCUGCUGCAUCUCGGAGCAGACAGUGACACAGAGCGGGAAAGAUGGUUAGCAGAGGACUCGUGUGUCACAGCUCAGCGUGACACUACGGAGGUGUCUCACUGCCAAUCUGGCAAACGGACAUCAUUUACAAAUCUCACACCGAGCGCAGAAGGUUGGGAAAAAAGGCGUGAAAAAAAUGUCACAUGCAACACACAGUGACACUAAGAACUUUAGUCUCUUUUAAUGAUAAAGCAGCUUUGUGUCGUUUCUUAAAGUUGGACCCAGUUAUCUUUGGACGCUUGAGUUAGCCACAGCUGAAGCUAACGGUUUUCACUGCUGGUUUAAAAGACUCAGCUGAUCACUGGAUAAUAUUUACACCUGAAGGAAAGUAGAAACUUACUUUGAAUCUUUUUCCUCUUAUUGACUAUCUUUUUAUCACAUGUUCUGUCAUGGGUGAGCCUGUUUUGUUCAUGCUGUCGGGGAGUCAUCCUCGGACAGAGCCGAGCUGUGCUGCGUCCGUAUCGCUGUGUUCCAUAAACGGAACGAGCCGGUCGAAGUCAGGCGGGCUAGUCGACGCCGGUUUUUCUUUUCAUGACUCAGUGCUUCAGCGUCUCUGCAGAGAUUUGUUCUGACCUUGGAAGAAAAUGCACAAACCAUUUCACUUCCUUCGUUCUUUCCUCAUUUCGACUUUUCUUUUUUGCCCCCUCUUUUAACAGCGUUAUAGAGACUAGUCUUCUUAGUUAGUGACACUUUUCAUUCUGGACUAUUUGACGAUUGGUACUAAAUCUGGAAGAGUGCUGUGCAUUGUGACUUCUGGGUCAUACAGGAGCAAUUUUUUCCUGUUAUUUAAUUAUAUUAUCGCUCGUCUGCAAGAGAUGGGGAAAGGCCUGUGAUGACUUGCAUCGUUCUGCUCAGAAAAAAAAAAGUAACUUAAGAGAGUAGAUUUAUGUUCUUGCUUCAUAUAGUGAGUCACACUUUCAUGUGAUGUGUAGAGUAAACUGACACGGGUUCGCAAUCUCCACGUUGCACUGUGAAUCAUGCAUUUAUGACACGACCUGGAGGCCUUUAUCAGCCCCAAAAGGUUACACUUAAGAGUUAUUUUCACUGUAAAUAUGUAUAUAUGUAUAUUAGAAAUAUAUGUGGAAUUGUCGAAUAAAGAUGAGUUUUUUUCAUAUUCACUCAGCUUGUUUUUUGAUUCGCCACACCUGCGCUGCUCCACUCUGUGCCUCGA